AUGACCCGAAAUGGUAACAUCUUUUGUGUAUCUGAUGUGACUUUCAUUAAAAAGCCACCAUACAACCACCACACGGCCAACACACAGCCCCUACCGCCAGCCCACACAUCCUCCACACAGCCCCACAGCCCCCACACAGCCCCUACCGCCAGCCCACACAGCCCCCACACAGCCCCUACCGCUAGCCCACACAGCCCCCACACAGCCCCUACCGCCAGCCCACACAGCCCCCACACAGCCUUCACACAGCCCCCACAAAGCAAACACACAGCCACCACACAGCCACCACACAGCCCCUACCGCCAGCCCACACAGCCCCCACACAGCCCCUACAGCCCCCACACAGCCCCCACACAGCCCCUACAGCCCCCACACAGCCCUCACAUAGCCCCUACCGCCAGCCCACACAACCCCCACACAGCCCCACAGCCAUCACACAGCCCCUACCGCCAACCACCACAGCCCCCACACAGCAAACACACAGCCACCACACAGCCACCAUACAACAACCACACAGCCAACACACAACCAACACACAGCCCCUACCGCCACAGUGACAGUACCCUAAUGGCAUUUUAUUUGUUCUUAUUUUUUGUACAUACGCAUACUCUGAACUAA